AUGAUCAUUAAUGCGUUGAAGUUCUCACUUCUAUUUGUCUUAUUGUCAACUUUAUUCACGACUACUUUGUGCCGAAGAAAAGAACUGCCUAAAGAUUUAAAAGAAAUAUUUAAACUUCAUAAAUACUAUCGUAAUUCAAUUCUACUUUGUCAGGUACCAGGCCAACCUCCAGCUAAAGAUUUAGAGAACAUUCGCUGGAGUAAAAGGUUGGCUAGAAAUGCUCAAAGACUGGCCGAUAAAUGUGAUAUUAAAGCCGAAUUUUUCAAUGAAAAAUUACUUGAUCAUUAUGAAUCUGUAGGCCAGAAUAUUGCCGAAGCUGAUUCUGUUAAGAGUGGAAUGGAAAAAUGGUUUAGAGAAUCUGAUCAUUAUGAUUACAAAACUGAUAAAUGUACUAAAAGAUGUGCCAACUACAAACAGAUGGUUUGGGCCAAGACAAGACAUGUUGGAUGUGGCAUUAAACAGUGUAAAGGAAAAUUGAUGUUAGUAUGCAAUUAUGCUCCAGCAUCUGAUGAUAAGGGAAGACCGUAUGAAGAAGGAAGUAAAGAACAGUGUGUACCACUGAAAUAA